CACGCGCGCUCUCCUGCGCGUACGCUCCGCGGUAGCGACAUACGGGUAGGGGAGCUGAUCCCGGCGGUUUGCUUCGCUCUGUGGAGGAGAGAUGGGGAGGCGUUGGGCUGGGGCUGAGGUAGGAAGGAGCCCGCCCCUCGACGCCUCCCUCGACGCUAGCCCCUGAGCCGUGAUGCGAGCGUGGGUCCUACUCUCUGCGGUGCUCUGGUACCUCACUGGAGCUGGAGGUCGGCGUUCUUCGGAACGCACAAGCAAAGGUUUCAUUUAUGGCAAGCCUGGACACCCAGUGAAAUUAUAUGUAAAAUUACAUCAUCAUAGCCCAGUCCUUGUCUGUAUGGAUUUUAGACGUGCUAAAAAAGAAACAGUGGACCCCACCUACAUAUGGAUUGGGCCUAAUGAAAAGCCAUUAACAGGAAAUAAUCAAAUAAAUAUAACUAAAACAGGAAAGCUGAUGGUGAAAGAUUUUCUGGAGGCUUUGUCUGGACUUUACACAUGUACUCUUUCUUAUAAGACUGUCAAAGCAGAAACCCAAGAAGAAACAAUAGUAAAGCAGAGAUAUGACUUUAUGAUCUUUGCCUAUCGGGAACCUGAUUACUCAUAUCAGAUGGCUGUACGUUUUACCACAAAGUCUUGUGAAGGAAGAUAUAAUGACCUGCUUUUUAGAGUGCUGAAGAAAAUCUUGGAUAAUUUAAUCUCUGAUUUGUCAUGCCAUGUCAUAGAACCAUCAUAUAAAUGCCAUUUUGUUAAAAUUCCAAAACAUGGCCUCAUACAUGAGCUAUUUAUAGCCUUUCAAGUUAAUCCUUUUGCACCAGGGUGGAAAGGUGCAUGCAAUGAUUCUGCUGACUGUGAAGAUAUCACUAAUCAUAAUAUCCUCCAGGCAAGAGAUCGGAUAGAAGAAUUUUUCCGGAGCCAAGCAUAUAUUUACUACCACAACUUUAAUAAAACUAUACCAGCUAUGCAUUUUGUGGACCACAGUUUUCAAGUAGUACGUAUGGAUAGCUGUCGUCCAGGCUUUGGAAAAAAUGAAGGUCUACACAGUAAUUGUGCUAGCUGUUGCGUGGCUUGUAGUCCUGGGACUUUUAGUCCUGAUGUUGAUGUUACUUGUCAAAACUGCGUUUCUGUCCGUAUUUAUGGAGCUAAAUCUUGCACAUAAACUUCAAACAAAAAAUCGUAAUAUGAAGACUAGAGGUGAAAGUAUUGUUACUUGCUUGUGGAGGUGGGGAACAUAAGAUAAUUUGUUCACAUCCCAGAGCAUCAUAGAUCCAUUAAGUAAGAUCAGUAAGACCAGAACAUUGGAAAACAUACAUUUUAGGAACUUUAAAAAGAUAGUUGACAUGGCAUUUGUAAGAAGGAAUUUAAUAUCUCCAGUGUACAAAGGAAAGUGUAUUAGUGGAUGAUUUUCAAUGAAAUAUGUUUUGGUGUUUACAAACUGAAUUUGUUGCUCUGUACUUAAGGGUAUAUUAAGGUCAAAAAGAGUAGCGAAGUAUAAUAUAAUAAAAAAUUUUAUACCUCCCAUAUAUUAAUUUGUUUGAAAUCACUCUGAUAUGAUAUAAAGGCCUAUAUUUUACCGUUGUAAUUAGAACCAAAAAAGUUAUUUAUUUUGGUCCCUUUGCUUUUAGUUUUUAAAAUAAUUAAGACUUUUUGGGGCGCCUGGGUGGCGCAGUCGGUUAAGCGUCCGACUUCAGCCAGGUCACGAUCUCGCGGUCCGUGAGUUCGAGCCCCGCGUCAGGCUCUGGGCUGAUGGCUCAGAGCCUGGAGCCUGUUUCCGAUUCUGUGUCUCCCUCUCUUUCUGCCCCUCCCCCGUUCAUGCUCUGUCUCUCUCUGUCCCAAAAAUAAAUAAAUGUUGAAAAAAAAAUUAAAAAAAAUAAAAUAAAAUAAUUAAGACUUUUUAAAAAUACAGUUUUAGAUUUAUAGAAUAACUGAGAUACUAGAGUUCCACAUACCCACUCCAGCUCAUGCCAUCACCCCUUUCCGGUUUCCUCUAUUAUUAACCUGCGUUAGUGUGAUACAUUUGUUACAUUAAUGAACUAAUGUUGAUACAUUAUUAUUAACUAUAGUUCAUAGUUUAAGGUUCAUUCUUUGUAUUAUACAGUUCUGUGGGGUUUGAUGAAUGCAUAAUGCCUUGUGUUUACCAUUACAGUUUCAUACAGAAUAGUUUUCACCACCCUAAAAAUCCUGUGUGCUUUACCUAUUCAUCUCUCCCUCUUGCUCCACAACCCUUGACACCACUGAUUUUUUUAUUAUCUCUAUAAUUUUGCCUUUGCCCAAAUGUCAUGUACUUGGAAUUAUAUAGUGUGCAGACUUUUCAGGCUUGCUUCUUUCACUUAGUAAUAUGCAUUUAAGAUUCCUCCAUGUCUCUUUGUGACCUGAUAGAUCAUUUUUUAUUGCUGAGUAAUAUCCCAUUGUAUGGAUUUAUAAAGGACAUCUUGGUUGCUUCUAGUUUUGGGUGAUUAUGAAUAAAGCUGCUAUAAACAUU